UCGACGCUUUGCCAAGGCAACUCAAAGCCGCUGCUGUAACCGUCCAGAUACCUUGUAACUUCACUUUACAACAAUAACAAUCUAGCUGGAAAACACAGACACAGUUCUCCCAAACACCUGCAGAACUUUAACCAACAGAAAAAUGCCAGAACAUUUCAAGGGCAUCAGUGAGUACAAGAAGAAAUUUAAAGACCGAGUCGCUACCCGCUCCAGAAGCGCCUCUCCUCAGCGACGGAUGCGCUUAGCUGGACUUCGAUCUGACCAGAUGGGUAAGACCAGGUAUCAGCCUCAGUUUCUGUCCAAGAGGAAGGUGCCCUCCUCCCACUCGCCCCAGGUGUCCAGCUCCUUCCAAUGGAACCCCACCACCACAGAGCCCCCACAGAGACGGGAUGAGACCCCCAGACCUGGUACCUCUCCCCUGGCUCCUACCCCAGAGAGAGUCCACACCCCUCUGGCCCCUAGGGGUCCCCCUCCUCCAGGGGACCCCCAACGAGGCCCGACCACUCUUCAGGGCCAGACUCACACCCGGAGCCCCCUGGCUACUGUAGAGAGACAGGACCAAGCUUUCAAUGGGGUGGACUAUGUGUUGAGGAGGAAGGCGGGGCUGAAGUCGUCUGGACAGAGGACCGGACUACAGAAGUCGGAGUACAGGAAACAGUUUCCAUGGAAGACACCUGUAGCUGGCCACGCCUCCCCACUGCUGGCUGCAGAGCAGAUGCUGUACACCAGCCACCGUUCCAUCCCUCCUUUCAAGUCUAACCCGGUGGUGGUGUUGGAGAGCGAGUACAGCAGGAACUUUAAAGCCUCUCCGCCUCCCAGAGGACCACGGCUACGCAGCGACGUAGUCCAGGUGCCUCUGUUCCAGAGAGAGAACGUUUCACCCGAGAAAGCAUCCAAGAGGAAGAAGAAGAAGAAGAGGGAAGAGAGAGAGUCCAGCGUCGUAGAGGAGAACAUUCCAGUUCCACAGCCUCGGGAGCAGCAGGCGGACCAGGAAGUGAAGUCACACAGCCCCCAGAAGGCACAUCUUCCCCACAGAAAGGUGAAAUCAGAGUAUAAUGCCAACUUCCGCUCUCCACUGAACUACAUAUAUAAGGACGGCGCCUGGGUCAAGGCUUCCACACUAGGAGAGGAGGAGAGGAGGUCAGUGUGUUAUUACCCUGUCUACCACAGUAGGAGAGGAGGUCAGUGUGUUAUUACCCUGUCUACCACAGUAGGAGAGGAGGUCAGUGUAGUUAUUAUCCUGUCUUCCACACUAGGAGAGGAGGGGCGUGACAGUCAGCAUAGUCACGUUUGGUAUCACGAGGUGCGAGAGCUUCGUAAGAAGGCGGAGGCCUACAGACAGAGGUGGGGGACCCAUUUCUCCCGCCUCCACCUCAACCAGAUCCUGUCGGACCAGAACCAGCUGUGGGAGGCCUCCACCCCUUCCUCCUCUAACCUCAGCUCUGGGACAGGUUCUGGGGACGGGGAGGAAGACAGGAGUCCUACCCCCCAGGCUCUGGAGCUCGCUAGGGUUGACAGUAGCUCCAGCUCCGUAGCCGGACCCCCUCCCCUCACCCCCGUGUCCAGUAGAAGGAGCUCCACCCGGGGGGCUGGGGACACAGCAGACCCCCCUGGUCACCCUAACCCUGGAGCCCUUAACCUACCUGUUCAGAGGAGACUAGCCUGGGAGGAGGAGACAGGGGCUGGGGGUGGAACUGGGGAGGAGAGAGAGGAAGAAGAGGACAAGGAGAGAAAGGAUGAACUGAGGGUGCUGGACCAGUUCUGUUACCUCCACUCUGUUUAUAGGCUCCACAGUCUGGGUUUGUCUCCAGGGACAGUAUGUGGUCCGGUCCAGUCUGGGUUUGUCUCCAGGGACAAUGUGUGGUCCGAGUCUGGGUCAGUUGUCUCCAGGGACAGUUUGUUCCUGUUGACCCAGUCUGGGUUUGUCUCCAGGGACAGUGUGUGUCCGGCCAGUCUGGGUUUGUCUCCAGGGACAGGACAAUGUGUGGUCCGGCCCAGUCUGGGUUUGUCUCCAGGGACAGCGUGUGGUCCGGCCCAGUCUGAGUUUGUCUCCAGGGACAAUGUGUGGUCCGGCCCAGUCUGGGGACAAUGUGUGGUCCGGCCCAGUCUGGGUUUGUCUCCAGGGACAGCGUGUGGUCCGGCCCAGUCUGAGUUUGUCUCCAGGGACAAUGUGUGGUCCGGCCCAGUCUGGGUUUGUCUCCAGGGACAGUGUGUGGUCUGGCCCAGGCUGGGUUUGUCUCCAGGGACAAUGUGUGGUCCGGUCCAGUCUGGGUUUGUCUCCAGGGACCGCGUGUGGUCCGGCCCGGUCUGGGGACAGUGUGUGGUCCGGUCCAGUCUGGGUUUGUCUCCAUACAAUGUGAUAGUUCAAACCCAGUCUGGGUUUGUCUCCAGGGACAGUGUGUGGUCCAUCCAGUCUGGGUUUGUCUCCAGGGACAAGCCAACUAAGUCUGUGUUGAGGGACAAUGUGUGGUCCGACCAUAAACUAGGUUUGUCUAAACAGGGACAAUGUGUGGUCCUGUCCAGUCUGGGUUUGUCUCCAGGGACAAUGUGUGGUCCGGCCCAGUCUGAACUCCAGGGACAAUGUGUGGUCCGGCCCAGUCUGGGUUUGUCUCCAGGGACAGUGUGUGGUCUGGCCCAGGCUGGGUUUGUUGAGGGACAAUGUGUGGUCCGGUCCAGUCUGGGUUUGUCUCCAGGGACCGCGUGUGGUCCGGCCCGGUCUGGGUUUGUCUCCAGGGACAAUGUGUGUCCUGUCCAGUCUGGGUUUGUCUCCAGGGACAGUGUGUUCCUGUCCAGUCUGGGGUUGUCUCCAGGGACAGGACAGUGUGUGGUCCGACCCAGUCUGGGCUUGUCUCCAGGGACAGUGUGUGGUCCGACCCACUCUGGGUUUGUCUCCAGCUACAGUGUGUUGAGUCCUUGUGUGGUCCUGUCCAGUCUGGGUUUGUCUGAGGGACAAUGUGUGGUCCGGUCCAGUCUGGGUUUGUAUCCAGGGACAAUGUGUGGUCUGGUCCAGUCUGGGUUUGUCUCCAGGGACAGUGUCACCAUAAAGUCUGGGUUUGUCUCCAGGGACAAUGUGUGGUUCAAGCCCAGUCUGGGGACAGCGUGUCCGGCCCAGUCUGAGUUUGUCUCCAGGGACAAGGUCCGGCCCAGUCUGGGUUUGUCUCCAGGGACAGUGUGUGGUCUGGCCCAGGCUGGGUUUGUUCCAGGGACAGUGUCACCCAUCUGGGUUUGUCUCCAGGGAAACAAGCCAACUGGUCUGGCUGGUCUGAGGCAGUGUCUCCAGGGACAACUAGGUCCUGUCCAGUCUGGGUUUGUCUCCAGGGACAGUGUGGUCCUGUCCAGUCUGGGGUUGUCUCCAGGGACAGGACAGUGUGGUCCGGUCCAGUCUGGGUUUGUCUCCAGGGACAAUGUGAUAGUGGUCCGGUCCAGUCUGGGUUUGUAUCCAGGGACAAUGUGUGGUCUGGUCCAGUCUGGGUUUGUCUCCAGGGACAGUGUCACGGGACAGUGUGUGGUCCGACCCACUCUGGGUUUGUCUCCAGGGACAGUGUGGGUCCAGUCUGGGUUUGUCUCCAGGGACAGUGUGGGUCCAGUCUGGGGACAAUGUGUGGUCCGGCCCAGUCUGGGUUUGUCUCCAGGGACAGCGUGUGGUCUGGCCCAGUCUGGGUUUGUCUCCAGGGACAAUGUGUGGUCCGGCCCAACUGGGUUUGUCUCCAGGGACAGCGUGUGGUCACCCAGUCUGGGACCGCGUGUGGUCCGGCCCGGUCUGGGUUUGUCUCCAGGGACAGUGUGUGGCCUGUCAGUCUGGGGUUGUCUCCAGGGACAGUGUGUGGUCCUAUCCAGUCUGGGUUUGUCUCCAGGGACAGUGUGUGGUCCUGUCCAGUCUGGGUUUGUCUCCAGGGACAAUGUGUGGUCCGACCCAGUCUGGAGUCAAGAUCAAAGCAUGGCUCAUUACUUCUGUUCUGUGUUGAAUUGGGAAAAAAAAAACUUUAUUGAUCCACAGAGGGUAAACGUGAUCACCUUGUCUAAUGUCUUGUCAGGAGGUGCUAUCCUGGUGUCUCCUCCUAAGAUGGAGGCUAACGGCUGGGCGAAGAGAAAUGAACCUCCGUUGGGUAAAACCCGUUCCCCAUUGAAACACCUCUCUCUGGCCGAGCCACAACGAGCAGCCAGACAGAAUGAGGAGCGGAAUCAGCCCCAGUCCUCUCCUGCAGCAGGGGUGACUACUGUGGACCCCCUCCCCCUGAGAGAAGACUCCUGGUUGGGGGAGACCUCUCCGGACAACCCCCCUGAUCCUCCACCGGAGGCCAAACCCUCCCGUAAACGCACUACCAGCAGACAACCCGACGCCGCCGUUCCGGCACCUGUUAACCGCAUCCAGGGGACGCUCAGAGACCCAGAGUUCCAACAUAACGGUACCUGUCCUGAGGACCUCACUGGUAAUUUAGGCCUGAGGACGUCUGAGCUGCUGCUGUGUCCUGGUGGUGGCUGUGGAACUGAUGAUGAAGAUGACAGGAUGUCCCAGAUCUCAUCCAGGUCAGCAGCGUCCUGCUCUAUGGCCUCCCAGGUCCUGGACCGAGCCCAGAGGAGGAAGGACCACUUCUGGGGGAAGAGAUAACAGGAAGCACUGCCCCCCCUCACAUUGCAUUCCAAAUGGAACCCUAUUCCCUAUGUAGUGCACUACUGUUAAGAGGAGGAAGGAUGACUUCUGGGGGAAGAGAUAACAGGAAGCACUGCCCCCCCCUCACAGUGCAUUCCAAAUGGAACCCUAUUCCCUAUGUAGUGCACUACUGUGAAGAGGAGGAAGGAUGACUUCUGGGGGAAGAGAUAACAGGAAGCACUGACCCCCCCCCCCCCCCCUCACACUGCAUUCCAAAUGGAACCCUAUUCCCUAUGUAGUGCACUACUGUUAAGAGGAGGAAGGAUGACUUCUGGGGGAAGAGAUAACAGGAAGCACUGACACCCCCCCCCCCUCCCCCUCACACUGCAUUCCAAAUGGAACCCUAUUCCCUAUGUAGUGCACUACUGUUAAGAGGAGGAAGGAGGACUUCUGGGGGAAGAGAUAACAGGAAGCACUGACCCCCCCCCCCUCACAAUGCACACCAGACUACUAGACUGAAUCUGGGUUUAUAUAACCAGUGUCCAGACUACUAGACUGAAUCUGGGUUUAUAUAACCAGACUACUAGACUGAAUCUGUGUUUAUAUAACCAGACUACUAGACUGAAUCUGGGUUUAUAUAACCAGACUACUAGACUGAAUCUGGGUUUAUAUAACCAGACUACUAGACUGAAUCUGGGUUUAUAUAACCAGACUACUAGACUGAAUCUGGGUUUAUAUAACCAGAGUGUCCAGACUACUAGACUGAAUCUGGGUUUAUAUAACCAGAGUGUCCAGACUACAAGACUGAAUCUGGGUUUAUAUAACCAGUGUCCAGACUACUAGACUGAAUCUGGGUUUAUAUAACCAGACUACUAGACUGAAUCUGGGUUUAUAUAACCAGUGUCCAGACUACUAGACUGAAUCUGGGUUUAUAUAACCAGUGUCCAGACAACUAGACUGAAUCUGGGUGUAUAUAACCAGAGUGUCCAGACUACUAGACUGAAUCUGGGUGUAUAUAACCAGACUACUAGACUGAAUCUGGGUUUAUAUAACCAGACUACUAGACUGAAUCUGGGUUUAUAUAACCAGACUACUAGACUGAAUCUGGGUUUAUAUAACCAGACUACUAGACUGAAUCUGGGUUUAUAUAACCAGAGUGUCCAGACUACUAGACUGAAUCUGGGUGUAUAUAACCAGUGUCCAGACUACUAGACUGAAUCUGGGUUUAUAUAACCAGAGUGUCCAGACUACUAGACUGAAUCUGGGUUUAUAUAACCAGUGUCCAGACUACUAGACUGAAUCUGGGUUUAUAUAACCAGACUACUAGACUGAAUCUGGGUUUAUAUAACCAGACUACUAGACUGAAUCUGGGUUUAUAUAACCAGAGUGUCCAGACUACUAGACUGAAUCUGGGUGUAUAUAACCAGUGUCCAGACUACUAGACUGAAUCUGGGUUUAUAUAACCAGAGUGUCCAGACUACUAGACUGAAUCUGGGUUUAUAUAACCAGUGUCCAGACUACUAGACUGAAUCUGGGUUUAUAUAACCAGUGUCCAGACUACUAGACUGAAUCUGGGUUUAUAUAACCAGACUACUAGACUGAAUCUGGGUUUAUAUAACCAGAGUGUUUGAUACCCUCCCUAUUUGUAUGAAUUUAGUUCAGAUGUUUUGUAAUAAUGUAUUGAAUGAAGUGCAAAGAACUAGGUUUGUAUUUAUUUUAAAUUAUUUUGUUUUAUUAUAUGGAGAACCACUUUUUUAUUGUAAUUUAUCUUUUUACUGUAUUAUCGAUAACUUAUAUUUACUGUAUUAUCGAUAACUUAUCUUUACUGUAUUGUCGAUAACUUAUAUUUACUGUAUUAUCGAUAACUUAUCUUUACUGUAUUGUCGAUAACUUAUCUUUUUACUGUAUUGUCGAUAACUUAUCUUUACUGUAUUGUCGAUAACUUAUC